AUGUUGCAGGACAUGGUUCAUCCACCCGAACAACUUCAGAUUCAAGAGAUUUCGAGCCCGUUUGGUGCUCAAUUUUUCGAGUUUUGUGAUCCUGAAUUAUUCUCAGAAGCACUACAAGACUCUGAAGUUGCUUCUACUUCUAAUUAUUGCCAUGAAGAGAACUCAUCCUACACCCCAAAUUUUUCCUUUCCUCCAAACACAAACCAAUUCACUAGAAGUACUAAUACCACCACCACCACCCCUAUUACCACCACUAAUGACAACACCUGCAACAAUCUCUCUUUAAUCUUCGACUCCCCGGAAAAUAUAGAAAAUGACAUUUCUGCUUCUAUAGACUUCUCUCCCUUCCUCACUGCACAACAAGACCAGCUUGAUCUCUCUUCCUUGCAAUCUCAAAUUCCAGUAAUAAAUGAUGAUGUUGUUAUGGAUGGACUCUCACAGUUCCCUCCUGAACCUAUUGUCCCUCUCAUAGGGCCACCACCACCACCACCACCACCACUAUCUGCUGUUUAUGAAGAGGAAUGCAUAUCUCCGAUGCCUUCUUAUGCGCGCUUGAACACUUCCUCGCCUUCUUGCUCUUUUCUUGAUCAAACAAUUGGACCAUACCUGCCCGGCAAUCAAAAUGCCGCGUUAUCAACUGAAUAUUCUGGGAUUUUAGUUGGGGGUAUGCCUAUGAGUACAGAGCUGCAGCCUCAAGAAUUGGAAUUUCAGGGAGAUACUAGUGGGAUUUUCUGGUCUGGGAUUAGCUCUACUGAGCUACAGGCACUUGCCAACGAGAGUCAUCAUGCGAGUGGUGGUGGGAGUUCUACUCCUUUGGCAUCAGAGAUCUCAAGUAUGGAAGAUUCUACAUUCAAAGUUGCUAAACUCUCUGUUGAACAGAGGAAGGAGAAGAUCCAUAGAUACAUGAAGAAAAGGAAUGAGAGGAAUUUCAGCAAGAAAAUCAAGUAUGCAUGCCGCAAAACGCUUGCAGACAGCAGACCUCGAGUGAGAGGAAGGUUUGCAAAGAAUGAUGAAUUUGGGGACACACCUAGGACCACUUGUAGCAACCAAGAAGAGGACACAGAUGAAGAUGUAGUUGUGAAAGAAGAAGAUGACUUUUCCUCAAAUAUCUUUGCUCAUAUAAAUGGCAUGAACUCCUUCAAAUGCAAGUAUCCUAUACAAUCUUGGAUUUGAUCGGCUUUGCAACACGAAAGCAUUUCUUCUACAAUUUUGCAGGACCCUUUUUGUGCCAGGAUAUAUUAACCCUGGAAUUUAUAUAAGAUGAAUAAUUGUGUUUUAUUUUUGUUUUUAAAUAAUCGAGUUUUAGUUAUAUAGGAAGUGAAUCAUAUUGUAAAAUCUGUAUAUAUAAGCCUUCAUCAUCUCUCUGAAGUCCAGCUUAUUUCAUAGGUAGUAGAAAACUCUGUCCUUGUACUUAAUUGCUAGAGAUACAGGUUGAAAAAAGGCAUUAAAUAAUAUUAUAUUCUUGAAA